GGCCCGUCUCGCAAGGUACAUCGCCAUCUAUUAUCGAACUUCCAACCUUGAUUAUGAGGACCAGUUACUGGCACAUGUCCCCCAUUGGGGAUACAGCCAUAAGGAAAGGAAGGAAGGAAGGAAGGAUGGCGCGCUAUCGUUCUACAGCAGUGUAUUAAUAAAAGUACUUAGUUAUCGGGAAGAAUUAAUUUCAGUUUUUUCUGUGGUUUCAAACAGUGUACAUCCUUCUAUUUCGUCUACGACCUAUACAGUUUCUUUUAAAAUGGCAAAUAGUCCUUAUAAAAAGGUUACACACUGCAUUUUCGAUAUGGAUGGACUGCUACUUGAUACCGAGAAGCUAUACACUGAAGUAUUUAACCAAAUUACCAAUGCAUAUGGAAAGCAAUUUACAUGGGAAAUCAAAGCAAAAAUCAUGGGUUUCAAAAUACUUGAUUCAGCAUGUGCAAUAGUGGACAUGUUAGAAUUGCCAAUAUCCCCCCAGCAAUUCCAAGAACAAUCACUACAAUUGUAUAAAAUUUUCUUCCCAAAGGCUGAACUCAUGCCAGGUGCAGAGAAACUUCUAUACCACCUUAAAGAGAAUAAUGUUCCAAUUGCAUUGGCAACAAGUUCCAGUGUGGAUAGUUACGAAUUGAAAACAGUGAAAUGGAAAGAAUUGUUUGAUUUAUUUCAUCAUAGAGUGAUCGGUGGUUCUGAUCCUGAUGUGCAGAAAGGCAAACCACAUCCUGAUAUUUUCCUUGUAGCCAAAAAUCGAUUUCCUGAUAAACCAGAUUCGUCAAUGUGUCUUGUAUUUGAAGAUGCUCCAAAUGGUGUUCAAGCAGGUAUUGAAGCUGGUAUGCAAGUGGUAAUGGUGCCUGAUCCAUGUCUUCCAUCACAUUUAACUGAAAAGGCAACGUUAGUAUUGAAGAGUCUGGAAGACUUUAAACCUGAACAAUUUGGUUUACCACCAUAUAAAAACUAGAAUGAAUGAAUUUCACAAAACGCUGCGGUGAUAUACAUUAUAUGAACAUAUUAAAUGAAAUGCACAGAAUAUCACUUAUGUUAUUCUACCAUAAUUAUUCCUAUUAGAAUACCUGAAUUUACAAAUACUAUACAAAAUGUAUAAUGGAUUAUAUCCAAUUCCAUUUCUUUGUAGUAACAAUAGAAUAUGUUAUAAAUUAUUGAAAUAUAUUGAGUCUUGAUACAAAAGUCA